AUGGCCGACGGCGACAGGGCGGCACCGAUGAAUGAUGCGCAGCUUCGGUGGAUCUACGAGGGCACCAAGUCGCUGGUGAAUCGCGAGGAUUAUCUUCUCGGCAAAAAGGUGGACCGGAACUUCGAGCUCUACUCCGAUGUGGUCGUCAAGGAAAAGGAGGGUGGCUUCGAAGCAGUCCAGAAACCGCGUAUUUCCGUCAGCAGCGGCGACGGUGCCGGUGUGUCAUCAAAAAUCUCGAAUCUUCAAUUGGACGUAGUCAGAACCGAGGACCCUUUGGUGGCCAUUAAAAUGAAGGAAGAACAGAUUCGACAAGAAAAAAUGGAAAACCCUCUGGUGAAGCUAAAAAUGCAAAGGCUGUUGAGGAAAGCAAUGGAAAAAAAGGAGAAAAAGCGACUGAAAAAGCUCAAAAUGAAGGAGAAAAAGAAAAGAAAGCACAGACACAAGUCGGGCGGAGAUAGCGACAGGGAAGAUGUCAAGGAACCCAAGGCAGCGAACGCUUUGCAGAGGGACACUCAUAUUCCAGCGCAUUUGCGGCCAAGAAGUAGCGCAUCUGGUAGCGAGGACGAACAGUGUUCCAGCAGGUCGGGAAGUGAGAAGCAUGGCUUGUCAAAGACCACGAAACGUGGCGAAUCCGAGAAAGAGCAUUUUGGCAAUCCAUACGAACUGAUCAAAAAACGCCCUGCAACUUCGUACAAGAAACCAGAGAAGCGCCAGCUAACCGAGAAAGAAAUGGAAGCAAAACGGAGAGAAAUGAUGGAGAAUGCAGAUUGGAGAGACAAAGUUCGGGUACACAAUAUAGGGAAAAACGCCAGGCGUGAUGAGGAGGAAGAUAAAAGGAAUGAAGGGAAAAUUGCGAAUUUUAUCAGGCCACUUUUGAAUAGCGCAGCGUCACGAAUGUCGAUGGAGCAACAGCUGAAAAGUCAUCGAAAAGGACUUCAGCGAACGUGUGGAUUCACUGAACAAAAAUUCGCCAAGAGAUGA